AUGCAGACUGCGUCUGUGGCUGCGACCAAGGCUCCCUUUUCAACUGGUCCCGCUGUCUCUGGCUGGCCAGCUGCAAUGCUUGCAACGGUCGCCAUUGCCACGGCAGCCCUUCGUUCCACACCACGCCGUGCGCCACGUGCACAGGUGGUGCUUACUCGUUGUCUCCCCGUUACUUCUCCAAUGCCAGAGGUCUCCACUGAAUUGCCAACUGCGACACCUGUGACACCAGAAUGGAAUGAGGACCUGAUCUCCUUCGAGAUGGCUGCGGAGAAGGAGUGCAGCUUGCCGCACGAUCGUGUGCAGAAGGUCGAUGCACCGAAAAGCAGCGGCACUGCUCAAAGUCCCCGCCCGACACCGCGCCGGUCCCGCGACUUCCAUGAGGCUGGUGCCAGACGUGAGCGUCGUCGCAUCGGCAGCCGUCUGGUACAGCACUUCGAAGUCUGCGCGAGCCAGCCAUCUUUCGAGCCAAGCAAGGUGCCAAUGGUCUUGCAGGAGGCGAUGCAGCAUGGGCCACGCCCACGCACAGCCUCCGGGCGCGAGUCCAAGCCCUUGGUCGAGGCUCCGGGCCUAUCUGCAUCCCUAGACAUUGGCCCGGGGCACAGUCGCCGCUGCAUAGACUAUUUAUGA